GAGGGGAAUGCAGAGAUUCGGCGAUCAUUGAGCCGCUGCAUUGAUCGCCCCCCGUAGUCGGUGCUAUGAGCCCCCCCGGAGACCUCUCAUCGUGUGUCCGGUGAUGGUGCAGAAAUCCCGCAAUGGGGGGGUGUACCCUGGCCCCCCCGGGGAGAAGAAGGUGGGUUUCGUGGGGCUGGACCCGGGGGGGCCCCCGGAAUGUAGCCGGGACGGGGCUCUGCUCAUCGACGGCUCCGAUCACACCGGCAAGAGGAGCGGCAUCCUCAGCAGCAAACCCCGAUCUACCGUCCAUGGCACCGGGAAACCCCCCAAGAGGAACGCCUUCUACCGCAAACUGCAGAAUUUCCUCUACAAUGUGCUGGAGAGACCCCGGGGGUGGACCUUCAUCUACCAUGCCUAUGUGUUCCUGCUGGUCUUCUCCUGUCUGGUCCUCUCUGUGUUCUCCACCAUUAAAGAGUAUGAAGAAAAAUCAGAAGGCGCACUUUAUAUUCUGGAAAUCGUCACCAUUGUGGUCUUUGGCGUGGAGUACUUUGUGCGGAUCUGGGCCGCCGGCUGCUGCUGCCGCUACCGGGGAUGGAGGGGGAGGUUGAAAUUUGCCCGCAAACCAUUCUGCGUUAUCGAUAUCUUGGUGUUGAUCGCCUCCAUAGCGGUCCUGUCGGCGGGAUCCCAGGGGAAUGUGUUUGCCACCUCCGCCCUGAGGAGUCUUCGGUUUCUACAGAUCCUGCGUAUGAUUCGGAUGGACCGGAGAGGAGGGACGUGGAAACUGCUGGGGUCUGUAGUGUAUGCGCACAGCAAGGAACUGAUAACAGCCUGGUACAUUGGCUUCCUCUGCCUCAUCCUGGCAUCUUUCCUGGUCUACCUGGCAGAGAAGGAGGAGAACAGCGACAUGUUUGACACCUACGCAGACGCCCUGUGGUGGGGCCUGAUCACAUUGACCACCAUUGGCUAUGGCGAUAAGUAUCCAACGACCUGGAAUGGCCGGCUUCUUGCAGCCACCUUCACGCUGAUCGGAGUCUCGUUUUUCGCGCUGCCGGCUGGCAUCCUGGGAUCUGGCUUUGCUUUGAAAGUCCAAGAGCAGCACCGACAGAAGCACUUUGAGAAAAGGCGGAACCCGGCAGCCGGCCUGAUUCAGGCCUCGUGGAGAUUUUACGCCACCAAUCUGUCGCGCAUGGACCUGCACUCUACCUGGCACUACUAUGAGCGCACCGUGGCGGUGCCCAUGUACAGCUCUCAAACGUACGGUGCGUCCAGGUUGAUCCCACCACUGAACCAGCUGGAUCUUCUUCGGAACCUGAAGAGCAAAUCUGGACUAACAUUCAGGAAGGAGCCACAGACCGAGCCUCCUCCCAGCAACAGUCAAAAAGUCAGCUUGAAGGAGCGGGUCUUCUCUAGCCCCAGAGGCGUGGCCACAAAAGGCAAAGGCUCCCCGCAGUCUCAAGGUGUACGCAGAUCCCCCAGCGCUGACCAAAGCAUGGAGGAAAGUCCUGGUAAGGUGCCCAAGAGCUGGAGCUUUGGAGACCGGGGGAGGACGCGCCAGGCCUUCCGCAUCAAGGGAUCGGCGUCACGACAGAAUUCUGAAGAAGCCAGUCUCCCAGGAGAGGAGAUUCCUGAAGAUAACAGAAGCUGUAAUUGUGAGUUCCUGUCUGAAGAGUGGACCCCUGGUCUAAAGGCAUCCAUUCGAGCUGUUUGCGUCAUGAGGUUCCUGGUGUCCAAACGGAAAUUUAAGGAGAGUCUACGACCUUACGAUGUCAUGGAUGUGAUAGAACAGUACUCAGCUGGACAUCUGGACAUGCUCGCCCGUAUCAAAAAUCUCCAGUCCAGGAUAGAUUUGAUUGUGGGUGCCCCACCCCCUUCUACACCCCGGCACAAGAAGUACCCUACCAAAGGAUCAGUGCUAUCUACCAAAGAAUCUCCCCAGUAUUCUCCUAGAGUGGACCAGAUUGUUGGAAGAGGAGGUUCAAUCACGGAAAAGGACAGAACCAAGGGUGGAACCGAGUCAGAGAUCCCUGAGGACCCUAGCAUGAUGGGCCGUUUGGGCAAAGUGGAGAAGCAGGUGCUUUCCAUGGAAAAGAAGUUGGAUUUUCUGGUAAACAUCUACAUGCAGAGGAUGGGGAUUCACCCUUCAGAGACGGAGGCUUACUUUGGAGCCAAGGACCGUGAGCCAGCACCUCCAUAUCAUAGCCCAGAAGACAGCAGGGAUCCUGGAGAAAAAAACAGCUGUAUCACCAAGAUUAUCCGCUCCACAAGCUCAGUGGGCCAAAAAAACUUUAGUGCUCCACCUGCCCAGGGAAGUUCUACCCCCUACUGCCCACCAUCCACCUCAUGGCAGCAACAACAGCCAUAUCACCGGCACAGUCAUGGUUCAUCUCCAGUUGGCGAUCCAAAUUCUAUGGUGAGGAUUCCUCCUCCUCCAUCUCAUGAGCGUUCACUUUCUGCUUAUGGAGGGAGUAGACUGGGAGCUGGUGAAGAAGCAUCUGCCAAACAACGAGAGAGAGACAAUGCAGCCCUGAGAGAUAGUGAUACCUCUAUAUCUAUUCCAUCUGUGGACCAUGAAGAAUUGGAGCGUUCUUUUAGCGGUUUCAGCAUCUCCCAGUCCAAGGAGAACCUGGAGGUUUUGAACAAUGGGGCAGUGGCGGGUCCUGGCCCCGUCGGCAAAGUCCGUCCUUACAUUGCUGAGGGGGAGUCCGACACAGACUCUGACCUAUGUACCCCUUGUGGCCCGCCUCCUAGGUCAGCCACUGGGGAAGGACCUUAUGGUGAGAUGGGAUGGCCAUCCGGGAAAUAGACUAAUGCCUGCAAUUCUUCUGAACUUCUGUAGAUACUGACAACAACCCGCUAAUGUACUGUGCCCAAAACAAGGGCCUCCUCCUCGACUUCCUCUUCCAAAGGUGCAACCACAUCCAUGAUCACUUAUCUUCCUUCUCUGUAUAAUGGUGUUUCCAAACCUCACACAGUCUUUCUUCAUAUAGCUCUCACAAAUUUUGCAUUUAUUGAAACGCAAUUCAUAAGCAAUUUUGUAAUGUCAAGGGUUGCAGGUAGCAGAGAUUCAUGAAACUUUUUGGUUUCUUGCUGUCUUCCUUAGACCUCCCUGAAUGUCGAAGGUUGAGUUGUCCUAUAGCAGUUGACUUCAGCGUGCAGCUCGGAGGCUUAUUUCCUUAUAUGGAAAUAGGCAGCUCCGAAGAAGUGGCUUCAGAUACUCAGUAAAGGGAACACAAGAGAUGGAAGGCUAGAGGAACACUAAAGAACACCAGAGAUGGAAGAUGUAGUCCACCAGCAUCCACUUUGGCUGCUGGUACUACACCCUUAUCAGACAUCUUUUCUAAAUGUAAAUAGUUAUUUGUAGUGGAAUACCAGAGAAGAAAGAGAGAAAAUCAAUAGUCUUUUUUGGUUAUUUGAGAUUUGGUAAAACCUGAAACCCUCAUUUAAUAUCAUGGACUCUUGUUUAUAUGUACAGAAAAAUUGAAACCUCCAUGCUCCCUAAGUGAGCUAACUUUUUAAAACGUUUCUUUUUGUAUAGAAUUUUCUUUGGUUAGCAUAAGGGAGAACAUUGAAACUCCAGAGACCUAAGAAUGCAGAUUUUUUUUUCAAAAGGUUUCUUUGUAUAGAAUUUUCUCUAGUUAGCGUAAAGGAGAACAUUCAAGCUCCAGAGACCUAAGAAUGCUUCGUAAUCCUUUUUCUCUUUUUACCAAAUAAAGUCUUUUAAAAGCUACCAAACAAA